CAGCCAUGGCUGACGACGAGGAAUUCGAGGACUUUUUUGACGGAAAUGAUACUUGUACAAAAUCAAUUGAAACGUCUACUUUUCUACAUUUUUCACUAAUUCCAUCAGUUGUCAUCAUUUUGAUUCUGGCCUGUCUUGAAAAGAGAGAAAAAAGAUUCUGGUUUGAUGACAGAUAUCCCAAAUGUCCAAGACGUUGUGCGUUACUGCUCCCACUGGACUUUUACAACUCAAUCAACAACCGAUGGUCAUUGGGAUUUGCAUUUGGUGCUACUACUGAUAAAAUCAUGUUUCUAUUUGAGAAAGAGUUCUUUCCAGUGGGACUUCCUGAAUGGGCUAAAGUAUUUUGGGUCCUCGUCACGGCUUUUGAAGUGGGCAUCUCCUCAUACCCUUUCUUUGUUUGUCUUUUAACAAAAUAUGAAGUUGUAGGAGCAGUUUUGGGAUUUCUUUACACAGCAGCUUGGGCAGUUGCCACGAUCUUUGACAUUUUAGACUGCUCUCCUAAUGACAAUUUUUUUGGAAAGUACACGGAAGUAAUUCUGAAGUGGCCAUCCUUGCUGUUCCUGUUCCUUCUGCUAGGACGUUUCCUUUUUAAAUUUGUGAAAGCAGUGAGAGUUUCAUCUGUAUGGAACCAAAAUGACAAAGAUUCUCUUAUGGAACAACACCAGUUGCAGUAUGUCCAGCAGUUGCUGAGAAAGCCUGUGCUUGGGAAUCCCCAGAAAAAAUGGUUUCAGAGAAAGUUGUAUCAAUGGGACCCCUACUUUAAAUUCCCCAGCAGAUUAAUCAGCACAAUUGUCGUUAUGUUCCUAUGUCUUUACAUGUUUAUUGGGUUUGAAUUUUUUUUGAUCAAAUCACUUAUCACAGCACUCAAAACACUGCAUAAUUUCUUCGAAGAAGCCUUUUCAGUUUCGGGAGAUGCAUCAUGGGUCCAAGACUUUGAAGAGUUUAUUCGUGUCUUAGAAGCCAUUUGGAUUGUUACUACUGUUAUUGCUUCUGCCACAUGCAUCGGAUAUGCAUUUAACAUCUUAGCCUGCUACAGAAAACAAAUUAAACUGUUGAGAGCAGGCAAAAGGUACCUACUUGUGUCAGAAUCUAUGAAAGUGUCAUCUUCUCAAAGCGUGGUAGCACUAUCAAAGUUCAUCUCUUUUCAAAUUGCAUACAUAAUGUGGGGAUACCUAAUCAUGCAUUUGGUGCAGUGGUUAUUUGGAAUGAUAUUUAUGUAUGUUUUGAUUUUACCCAUGGUACAUGGCAAAUGGAUGGAGCUUUUAAACAAAUGGGGAACUGUUAUCCUGACGUUUAUCAUUGUCAUAGUGAUCAAGAAGAUACAGGUGUUUGUAGGUGGCAAGUUUUUCCUCCAGCCAAAAAUGUCACCGAGUGACAGUCAAAAGCCUUUGGCUCUUGAUAACAGGAGAAUCUUCGUAAACUUCAGUUAUUUUUUAUUCUUCCAUUCGGUGGUCGUGGGCUUAACUUCCUGCCUGAUGAGACUGUUCCGCAGCAUCGUUAUUGGGGUCUGGCUGGUUGGACGGAUAGAUAGGCCAGUAAUGCCAAAAGGUUAUGAACAAUGUGAUGCAGGAUACACAGUUUGGAUUGGAAUGCUUUUUCUGGACCACUAUCACACAAAUCCCAUCCUUGUGUGCUUCUGCCAAAUCCUUUGUGACAAACUCAAACAAAAAAAGCUGUCUGCCGAUUCAUGCUCAUCUGUGCCUAAGCCAUUGGUAAUAGUUCCCAGAGUGUCUAGCAAAGCCAGGACAAGAUGGUUCCUGCUCUAUACACUUCUGAAUAACCCCAGCGUCCAAAAAAUCCGGAAGCUAAAACCUCUCUCUUAUUAAGUGGACUGAUCAAAUCUUUUGUUGUUGUUGACAGCAUAUUUUGUGGUUCUUCUGUAGUUCGCAACAAUUUAGUAUUUGAUCCAAGUUGUGAUCAGGAGGGGCUUGCUGACAUAUUCAUUUGUUUCCUAAAUGAACACUUGCAGCAUGGCUAUACUAGUGUAUUUAUUAUGUUAAUAUACUGAAUUCAAUCCCAGUACCGCUAUAUGAUAACUGCAGUGUGAUUGUUAUAUGUGCAAAAAUGAAAAGAUUUAGCACAACCCACAAUGGAGAAUGGUUGGCGAAGAUGACAGAAUUUGCAACGAUGGUGAAAUUAACUUCCUUAAUUAGAGAAAAGACAAUAUCAACACUUAUUAUUGACUGGAAAAUCCUUAGAGUUUUUUGUUGUUGUUGCUUGAAACAGGAAAAGAAAGUGUAAUUUAUGGUUUUGAUGAUUAAAAAAAUAGACAAUGGUGAAAAGAGAAAUUUUUCUCCUUGUAACCAUAGACUAAGUGAUAAUUUUGUAUUGAUGCUUGUCAUAACUGUAAAGAAAAUGGGAAGUCACUCUGUUUCUUUUCAUUUUUUAUGUUGCAUCUUUGGCUCCCUCCCUCCCUCCCUUCUUUCCUUCCUUCCUUCACCCCGCUCUCUUUUAUAAUUUAUAUUAAUUCUUGUUAAUUUUUUAUUUUUGUCUUAAAAUAUCUAAUACAAAUUAUUUGCUUUAAUAGCUUGUAUGUAUCCCCAAGUUGGAAAUCAGUCUGGGAUUUUGUUUAGCAGACUUUCCAGAGCAUAGCAGUAGGAAUUUUGGUUCUCCAAAUCUGCUUUUAAUGAAUGUCACUGGAGGGUGCUUUCUGUUUGCGUGUAGAAUAAACAUUUUGAGCAUCAGUUGACAGAAUGUUUUGGGGUGACAGGAAACCAAAUGUGUGUCUCCAUCUGGGUCCCUUCUCCAAUUUUGCACCAUUAAAUCCAAAUUUCCAAGAUCAACUGUUCAAGUCCCCAAUUAUGUUUCUAAUACCAGUGUGAAACUGGAGACAGGCCUCUGAUUCAGAUUAUACCCUUUUCUCCUUGGCCCUUUUCCGUUAAUUAUGAGGAAUGAUUUUCAGUCCACAUGGGAAAAGGCUGUGGCAACUAAAAUCUCAGCUUUCCUCUUCUCUCCAGGUCUUUUGCUCUGCAUGGGAGAUGACCAAGCCAAAGCACUCAUUAAACAAUAUGUAGCAGGCACAGAGCGCCAAUGCGUCUGCCUCCCUCAUGGCACACUUAACUAACCACAAAGUAUCUAAACACCAAAGGGCCUUUAUUCUGGUACAAUGGCAUACCUUCCCCUCAGGUGUCCUUGAAGGCCAACACAGGAAGAUCCCCUACCUGGAGAGAACAUGCCCCUGUGAUUCUUACCCUGCAGAAGCAAGAGAACACCUCCAAUUGCCAGUACUAUAGAGGCAUUCAUACUAGGCUCAUCUUGCCAUUAUUGCAUAAAUACCCAAAUUAUAUCUCCCUGCUACUUUCAGACAUUAACCCUGCUAACAAUAAAAUGUUGCCCGGCUUUGCCCAGCAGUGCUUAAAAUCUGUCAGAUGACCUACGCCAUACCUUAGUCUUAAUGAGCAUUUAGUUAUUCAAAAGUGCUUUGUACUGUGAUAGAUUCAGUUUGCUAUAUACUAAAUUGUAUGCUCCCUCAUAUUGAUCUAAUAUUUCUACUUCUCCCUUUAGAUUUUUUUAAAUCUUAUUUUUAUAUAUUUUACCAUUGUUUUUUCUUUACAAUUAUAUUUUGUUGUAUCCCUUGUAUUUUUUAGUUUUGUGUAUCCCAUCUUCCUUCAGUAUAAGAUCUAUAAGGUCUAUGACUGUAUUAAAGAUUUGAACUUUUGAAGGUAUAUGUGUGUAUGCCAUAAUAUGAUUCUUAUAUACAGUAACUCUUUUGCCAUACAGCAGGAUGAGGGAAAUUCAAUAUGCCAUUCAGAUGCUGUUGAAUAUUAACCCCAGUCUUCUCCAUAGACAUGUCUAGUAGUCAUGGAUAAUGGAAGAUGUUCUUUAGGAACUUCUGUAGAAUGUAGAAACUUCCUGAACAGAGGUUAUUUGCCAUGGUGGCACAGUAGUUAGAAUGCAGUACCACAGGCCACUUCUACUGACUGCCGGAUGCCUGCAGUUCAAUUUUCACCAGCUUAAGAUUGACUCAGCCUUCCAUGCUUCCAAAGCCGGUAAAAUGAAGGCCCAGAUUGUUGGGGGCAAUAUGCUGACUCUGUAAACCACUUAGAGAGGGCCGUAAAGCACUGUAAAGCAGUAUAUAAAUCUAAGUGCUAAUGCUAUUGCUAAAGGUCAUGGAUGACAAAACCCAACUUACUGUAUUCAUGUUAAUGUUAUCUUUGGAUGGUAUAACAAUAAGAGAGAAAAUGCUGUUUAAUACCAAUAUA